GCCUUCACCCCUCCCCUUCUCUUCCUCCUCCUCUUCAACGUCUGCAGCUUGCUUCCCCGUGUGCUUCAGAUCGUAGCUUCGUGCUACGCUUUGAGCUUGAGCUUCUUCCCAAUCCGACCCAUCUGCUGGUUUCUCGCAUUACGCUGGCUGGGGAUGUCAGAUUCGUGCACAGCUCUCUGGGAUUCGGUGAAGCUGCAAGGUUUUUUCGGGGGAGAAAUUCGCUUGUGGAGGGUGCUUCUUCUUCCUUGCUUGCUUUGAGGGGUUGCAUUUGGCACAGACGCCCAUCAGUGUUUUCUGUGGAAGAUAAAGUGGCGGUCGCUUCAAGCACAUUAGGUGCAUGAAGUGAGGAAAUGACUACUGCCGUAAAUUCUGGUGGAAUUGGAUUAGUCAAUAGGCAUAAAGAACAGACAUGGGUGCCUGUUGAACGACCUGGGUGUUCUAAACCGCCUUCCAUGGCUGCUCACAAUACCAAGCAUCUUUCACGUCCGGGGUGGGAUAAAGGGGGUAAAAGAAUGGAGCUCUAUUCUGCCCCGACGUGGUACUAUGGAAACCACCAGCAAUCAAAUCUGGUGCCUCAAGCCACUCCUAAAUUCUCCCUUUCCAUGCGUUUUAUGGGACCCUUUCAAAAGAAAAAUCUUUCUGGGUUGAGGCUUUCUCUGCGACUUUGCUGUCAAGCUGUUCUCGAAAAUGAAGUUUCGAACAUGCGAGUGGCUGCCUCCUCCGUUGAUGAACAGCCUGUGAAGGUGAAGAAGGUGAAGGUAAAAGUAGUGAAGAAGUUAAAGGCCGAACAAGAGCAUGUGGGAAGGAGUCUUCAAGCCAUCGGGGUUCGAAAUGCAACCCUGGCUAAGUGUGUGAUUGAAGCAGACGGAAUGACUGAGGAGGAGAUGCUGGAGUGGAUGAGUAUGUUGCAACGUUUAGGGGUUAAACACUCCGAGAUUGUAUCCAUGGUGGGGAAGGAUGCGAGUGUUCUCCGUGCACACAUUCCAGAUGUGGAGCGUCUUUGGGUGCAUCUCAAAGAUGAGCUAGAUUUUGAUAGAAGUAUAGUUGUAUCCAUGUGUAUGCAGUGGCCGGGCCUACUUCUCUGCUCAGUACAACACGUGAAUGAUGUUACCAAUUACCUUUUAUCCGUAGGGUUAGAACUUGAUGACGUGCAAGGGGUGUUUCAAAGACGGCCUCAUGUUUUGAGCCAUUCCGUGGAACGCAUUCAGUGUAGUGUCCAAUGCUUACUGCAAGCAGGAGUUCUUGUUCAGGAUCUCGCCCCCAUCUUGAGAAAGGUGCCAGAGCUUUUUUCUGACUUAACUCAGAGGAAUCUGGACUCAAAAUUAGAAUUUCUGUUGAAGGUAGGUCUUGGAGCCGGGUCCUUGGGCAAGGCAAUUGCGAGGCGUCCAAACAUUUUGAACUACAAUCUAGAUAGCAUGAGAGUCGCUUUCCAGUACCUAGAAACAUUAAUGCGUAGUCGCGAUGUUCCCAGGUUGGUCAAACGGUAUGCCGAGGUAUUAGUUCUGGAUCCGGAACGCAAAAUGGCUCCCAUGGUUAAUUAUUUAAUCUCCCUUGGUGUUCAAAGGGAUAAUAUCGGCAAGGUGAUACUGAAGCGGCCUCAGCUCCUUGGCUACACAAUUCCAGGCCUUCAGCCAACUGUACAGUAUCUUAUUGAACUUGGUGUCAAGCCGGAGUCCUUGGGCAAAGUUGUCUCCACUUCUCCUCAGGUACUCACGCUGAACGUGGAGGAGAAACUAAAGCCAGUCGUGGAGUUUUUUCGCAGUAUGGGAUUAAACAAGGAACGUGACAUCGAAAUGCUGCUUGUUCGGAAUGCCCAGAUACUUUGUUGCAGCAUUGAGAAGAACCUACGACCAAAAUUUCUUUUCUUUAAGGGUCUUGGAUUGACAGAGAACUCCAUUGCAGAUAUGAUAGUUCUCUUCCCAUCCAUGCUCGGUCAGAGCAUUGAAGGAUCUCUUGCUCCCAAAUUCAACUACCUGAUUCAUGAGAUGAAUCGUCCCAUAGAAGAGCUUGUGGAGUUUCCUCAGUACUUUGGCUACAGCUUGGAAAGAAGGAUAAAACCCCGGCAUGAGUUGUUGAAGGGGAAGGCUAUAACGACCAGCCUCGCAUCAAUGUUGGCAUGUGUUGAGGACGACUUCAAAGCUCGUUACCUGUCUGGACAGCCGCCCAGCCGUGCUCCAUAUAACAAAAGGGUUAAAACUGACAGAUCUGAUCCAACUCGUACUGAGUGAGAUAUGCUUUGCUCUCUUUAGGCUUUGUCACUUCAUGAACAAUAGCAUUGCAGAUACUAUAGAAAGUCCAGUUUAUGUCUGUGACGUCACACUGUUGUAGGCCAGUCCUUAUUUGUAACCUUGACUGAUGCUACUGCUGCUGCUGCUGCUUCGAGACUUGAUGUGCAAGCUCUGCAUGCCACUUAGAAAGGAAUUCAUUGGAAACCACGCAUUGAUAUAGAAAGGCAGGAUUUGUUGCCUGUGCAAAUUGCCCUCCUCCAUUUAAGUGACUAUUCUGUAGAAAAUAUUGACUCCCGGAUCACUCAGGUCUACUGGAAAAUAUAUGGGUCCUUUAUGAGUUGUA